UGUAGAAAUUUUCACUCAUACCUCGCUUCGUUUUUUAUAAUGUUUUGCAGGACUGAGCUGUAAAUGUUUCCGUGACACUUCAGGAUGUUUCUCGCACGAAUUUUCUUUGGUGCAUUGACGACAUGGAGCGCUAUCCAAGCGAUCACAGUACCGAUCGAUCGAUCCGAUGUCCAGCUUUCCCCAACGCGGUCUUCGAUGAUCGCAAACGGAUGGCGUCCAUUAACGGGAUACGAUAACGUAGGAACAAACGUUUCACCAUCGAGCGGACUGGAAAGAAACUCGGCGCAUCGUCCGGUGGCAGGAAAGCUUCAGGAUCAUCCGCAGUCCUCGUCGUCUUCGUUAGACAAGCACAAGCAGCAAGCGAAUGGCCUGAACGUACAGGACUACAGUCCUCCCAGCAUCCUGGGAAGCUUCAGCGUCUUUGGCCACGCAGCUACGAAGGCGAGAACGAAGCCGAAGGAGCACAAUGGACACUCGACCUCGGGAACGACGCACUACUCGUUCCUGGUCCCACCGCCGAGGGACGCCUAUCGUUUCGAAGUGCAGGACCCACACCGGAAGGCCAUCCUCCGGGAUAACGAGGCCUUCGUGCGUCAGCCCACGUUCGUCUCGCAGGUUCACCAGGAUACAAACAACUCGCCGUUCUUCUCUAAGGGUUCAGGAUUCACUGCAACGUCGACGACCCAUUCACCCGGCUUUCCGAAGAGCCGACCGUUCCUCGUCAGCGGUUUGGCCUCAGGAUUUGGCGUGCAGCAGAACGUCCACCCCCAGCGACAGUUCGAAGCCCAAAAGGCCUCAAACACUAAAUCGUACCUCCAGCCUCCAGGACUUGAAAGUCCACACGGCUUCGGCGUGGAGAACAAGAACUCCGAAGCCGGUUUUGGCCGGUUCCACGCGCAGCCACAUAGUGGGCAGAUCCUGACCGGUGGCAACGGGAACUUCUUCAGUCAGGUUGACCAUCCUCCACCCUUCAAGAGCAGCUACGAAAGGGAUCCAUCCUUUCUGGUGCACGAGAGCCACGAGAUCAGUUACGUAACCCCCUCGUCGAUAUUUGGGAACAACUUCCGGCCCUCGCUUCCGUACGAUAAUCUGGUACCACCGAACCUCUUUUCAUCGACGAUGCCGCCGAAGAUUGUUGACUCGAACAAGUUCGCCGGGUCGCAGCAGUCUGGCCUCAGGAACGAGCAUUUCAAGCAGUUUGAUGCGAACAGCAGUCCUCAGGAGUCACUCAUCAAGGCUCAGGGACUGUCCCAAGGACUUCAGCCCGGCACGUACUUUAUCCAAGGUGAACAACCGAGGCCUGUGGCUUCUUGGCCGCAGCAGAAGUCCAAGUUCACAACGGAGAUAAACGAGGUGUUACCAAGGAAGAAUCCACCGGCUAAGUUCAGGCCCGAAACCGUGAGGCCCAGUUCCGUGUUCGGGUUGCAGUCCGAACCGGAUCAGGUCGUCUUCAUCCGUCCGAGCAUCCAGACGCAGUUUGAAAACCCGGUGACUUCAGGCCAGCUUCCGCAGACGACGUCUUCUGAACCGGACUACGAGACUCCGGAAAGCAUUUCGCUGAAGCAUUUCAACGAGCAGCAGUUCCUGCUUCAGCAGCAGCUGGUACAGCAAGAUAGACAACGGUUCCAGGAGGCGGAGAUCCAGCGACAGCGAAAGCAGGAAGCUGAAGAGGCUGCGGCGAGGAAGCGGGAGGAGGAGAUCCGGCUGCAAAUUGAAGAGCAGGAAAAGGAGGCAGAGAGGAAGAAGCUCGCUGAAGAGGAACAACGUCGACAGGAGGAACGCGAACGACAAGAGAUCCAGGAGCAGAUUGAGCUACGGAAACAGCAGCAGGAGCGGGAACGAUCCAGAGAGCAGUUUGAACUCGAGAAGCAGGCGCAGCUCGAGGAGCAGAAGAGGAUUCAGGAGCAGCAGUUCAACCUUGAACAGGAAGCCUACAACCGACCGGUAUCGACUCAGGACCAAGUCCCGUUCCAAGAGGUAAGCCAACAGUCCAAGGAGACCUUCGAGGCCACCUCAGAACCUGACCAACCUCAGACCCAGGUCGAGCCGGAGGUAAGACCCUACAGGCCAAAGUUCCCACAGCGAGGAUCAUCGACUAGGAGACGCAGACCGUCGACACCGGCAACUUACGUUGCUCAGGCGACCGAAGCGUCCCUUCAAGAGGCCGUUGGAACAGGAACACAGCAGUCAUCGGUCCAGUCAACCGCGGAACCGCAAGUGGCCACAACCCAGACGGCAGUCACCCUGCGACCAAGGAUUCGGCGUCCUGGACAAACUCUGAGAAGACGACGCCCCGUGACGACGACAAUGCCGACGCCACCGCAGGAGGAGGUCUCUGCGAGUUACGUCCAGGAGUCGGAACCUUCAAAGCACCAGACAUUCGAAACUGAGUAUUCGAAGCGGAGAAGAGUAAGGCCGAGCCAGACGACGACGACGACGACCGAGGAAGCCGUGACCGAGCGGCACUUCAUUAGAAGACGACCAACUGGUCACAGGCAGAGAGUGAAUCCUGGAGAGCCGUUCGAGGCUGAGGUAGUGACGGAGAUAGUGCGUCCGACGAGGAUCAUCUACAAGGACACGACGGAGUGGGAAAACUAUCCUGAAAGCUUCAAGAAGAAGGACUCGCAGGAGAUAGACACCUCCUCGCUACCUUCUCGCGUCGUUGGUACCCAGGACAUGGAAGAGGGAGCCACGGAGGACGUCGGUCAGGUGUUCGAAUUCUCUACCGAGGCCUUCGCGACCACCGAGGAAGUCACCCAGACGCAAGACGAGAUCGAGACCAUCGUUCCGAUCGAGAAACUCUUCCAGAAGCCGGCUGCAGAGAACCACGUAGAGCCUGCUACCACUUCUGAAGACGUUGUUGAAGAGCCGGUGACCACCACCACAACAACGACCACCACUACGACCACAACCACGACUGAGGCUCCCUCCACCACUACGGAAUUGACCUCAACCACCAGGCAGUCGCACAGGAUCAGACCACUCAAGUACGGAAAUGCAACGCGGCCGCGUUUCAGUAUCAAGGACUACAGGAGCAGGCUCGAUUACAAGAACAAACUGUCUCAGCUUUCGACGACAGAAGCCACGAUCGGGAGACGCCGAGUCACUACGGAGAGAUCGGAUCUGGAGUCGACUAGUCGACACAACAAGUACACCUCCAGGGUCGGCUACAAGUCAACGACCUCGACGUCACCCACGUCGAGCCCCGAAGCCGUUGACGAAGAGCCAACAAGCAUUACAGAGCGAACGAAUCGGUUCACGCCGAAGCGGAAGCUCAACACGAGUCUCUACCGCAGCAGGAUCAGCGGCAGCUUGAACUCCGGUAAGUCUGGACUCGAAGAUAGUCGGCAGAGCACGACGAGACCGGAGAACAUCUACUCCUCGGCGAUUCGGCGAGCUAGACCGACAUUUGGGGUCAGGAAUCAGCCGGAAGAGACGACGGAAAUGACCGCCGAGGAGACGAGUUUCUACGCAUCUAUGACCACCACGAGACAGCCGCAAGAAGCGGCGAUCAACGAGGUUAUGAUGAAGGAGGAGGAGGAGGAGGAGGAGGAGGAGGAGGAGGUGGAGGUCACCGAUCCCACACCGACCAGGAGGAUGCAGGAGGAGGUGGAACAGUCCGACGCUGAAAACGAACCGGGUUCCACCGUUCCAACGUCCACUCAGGCCAACCGCGACGCCGAGGACGCCUUCAUAUCGCAACGCAUUGCCAACCUAACGAGCUCGGCUUCCGAGCUUUACGAGCCCGGGAGAUUCAAAGCGGUGUCGCCGGCGACCGAGAGCAGAGUCAUCAGUCCGCAAUUCGCCAUCGCUACCGACGAGCCGACGCUUCCGAUUGAGGCGUUUUUUCAGGUUUUGAACAAGAAGGAUGAGUAGAGUGAUUU